CCGCAGCAGCUCGCCGCCGAGCCUGGCAGCGAGCUCGCGGCCGAGGAGGAGCACGCCGUCGAGAGCGACGUGCUGGCGGUGGCGCACGUGCACGGCCUGGCCGCUGCCUGGCGCCGCGCCAGCGAGCUUGGCCUCGGCGCGCCCACUGACGCCGAGCUGGCGCUCAUGGCCCGCUGCAAGGCGCGUCUGCUUUCCUUCUGCUUCGAGCGUGAGUCCUCAGGCGACGGCGCAGCAGUCGUGCCGCCGCUUACCAUGCUACCCGCUGCAGCCGAGGCCCAGACCACUGCUGUCGCGGCACUCGUGGCGCUGCCGCUGACCGACGCCGACGAGACAUUCCUGCACGACUUUGUCACCGCCUCGCCGCCCGCACUCGCGCCUGGUGCCGCUGCGGCGGCUCUGGACGUGCUGCUGGUGCGCUACAUCAACGCCGGCUCGUACCUGGCUGCCGUGCGCCUCGCCGACGCGGCACCGCUGCCCGAGUACGCCGCCGAUGCUGCACGCGCUCGGCAGCUGCGCGAGGCACGCCGGCGCAUGAUCGAGGGCGCGCGGGCAGUGCUGCCCGAGGUGCAGCGUGCUCUGCUCGAUAUCAAUCUCGAGGCCGCAGCAUCGCCCGAGUCGGCGGCCGGCGGCGAUCUGGCCAUGUCGUGGGAGCAGGUGGACGCGCAGCCCGCACGUGCGGCGCCUGAGCCGCUCUCUGCGUCCGUGGCGCUUCGCAAGCCACCGGGCGCGCUCGAGAGCCCUCGCGCCGCUUCGCAUGCCGCCGAUCCUCUCGGUGCCCUGCUCCACGCAGUUGUGCGCGCCAGCCCGACCAGCAACGGAUCGCCACGGCGCCUGCAAAGCCGUGCCUCGCUGACUGGCCGCCUCAGUCCGGCUUCGCCAGCACCUCGCGGCGCCGUGCCUGCAGGCGCUUCUGCUUCUCCUGCCGCGCUGCCUGGCUUCUUGGCUCGUCAGCGCCCGGACGGCGAUGCAACCGAGCCCGCAAGCGCUGAGCUGGCUAGCGAUCUCGGAGGCGCGGCACCCAAGCGACCGUACGCGGCGUCCUUUGCAGCCGGCAUCAGCGGCAGCCCACGAAGCGCAUCGCCAGCAGCUUCGCGCCCGGCCCCUGUUAGCACGACGCCUCAGAAGCCGACCGCGCUCAUGUCGCAGUCGCCCUUUGCCGGCCCGCCACGGCUGCUGCCCAGCAGCGCGACAGCGGGAUAUGCGUCGUCGAGCCCCUUUGCACGACAGGUCGCCAGUGCCUCGCAAAGCAGCGCACCGCCUGCCAACGCGGCCUCGACGCCGACGCCGCUUGGGCAGAACAGUGCGUUUGCGCCUGCACCAAGGAGAUACGAGGCGCGCUACGAAGCUGGCAGAGCGCAGGGCUCGCCAUCGCAAGAGGCGUCCGGCGCCGCAAACGCAGACACGGAGAUGCUCGAGGGUGACACGGGAGUGCCGAGCCCGGCUGUGACUCGCCGCCAGGGGCGCGCAAGGCAGGCGGCGCCUGCCAAGCGGACUGAGCAGAUCAAGGAGCAGGAGUCCGAGGCUGGGCACGAGAGCGUUCCAGGCGGCUUCCCAGAGGCGCAGGACGCGACCAUGGCCGAGGCUGAGACGCCGUCAAAGCCACGGGCGCCGACGCGGCGCACACGCGAGCCGUCCGCACCGCCGGCCACGAAGCAGCCGAUGAAGCGCAACACGAGGUCGCGCACCGCCGAUCUCGGAUCCGAAGCGGGCUCCGACGGCGAGAGUGCGCCGCAGAGGACCAUGAGCCGUCCAGUCAGCACAAGAGCCAUCGCCAGCAGCUCUCGCACCCAGCGCGCCACGCGCUCGCAGAGCGUGCUUAGCGUGAGCAAUGCCGAGGCAGAGCAGGACGCUGGCGAUACCGUCGGCGAGCUGCUCGAGACGCCCGUGCGCCGGACACGCGGCGGCGCCGGCAAGCCUGCGGCUGUGCGGCGCAGCGCGCGCCUCAGCGUCGAGCCCGAAGAGGCGGCCGCCAGCACGAUGGCGCCGUCCGUGUCGAUGCGCUCGCUGCGAGCGCGAGGCACCACGCCGGCAGCCGACACGCCAGGCAAGACGCGCACUCCCGCACGCCGACGCGCCACCAGCACAAAGGCCAAGGCCGACACGAGCAUGGCCGAGGCGGCCGAGGAGAACGAAGAGGAGCUCGAGGCGGGCAUCCGCACACGCAGCGGCAAGUCGACGAUGCCAGGCGGCAUGUGAGAUAUGCGGGUAGAAUACAGAUGCGGGUGAAGAGAGUCGUGCUGUGUGUCUGUAGGAGGUGUCGAUGACGAAGAUGACGAAGAUGCGCGGGCCAUCAUGCGAAGCGUUCCGAGUUCUUGCGCCGGCACUCCGGACAGCCGGCACGCAGGACGACGCGCAGGCGUGCCUUGUAGGUCAUCUUGCGCGUCAGCGCUGCUGCGGCUUCGUCGGCGCGGCGAGCGGGCCCGUAGAUGCUGUCGGCACCC